UCUCGGCUUUCUCGCUGAUUCCGCCGGCGCAACCGUCCACCCCGCGCCGCGACAGCCGCAAGCUUCCGCGGUUCGCCGCCGCGCCGCGGCCUCGAUUCUGCCAUCGGGUCGCCGUCAAUGCCGAUGGGAGCGCGGGAUAUAUUCUCUGCCGGCGCCCUCGAGGUGCCCCCCGCGCCUGCCGCAGGAUCGAAUGUACGCUGUAAUCUCCAGAAUAUACUCAGCCCGCAGACGUCUCGAGGCCUUAAUAACCGCGUUCCCGGGCGGCCACGAUGGCGGCAGCAGGAGGGGUUCGCGGCGGCGGCGGAGCAGCGCCACCAGCACCCCGCUCAGCUCGCCCAUGUCCAUGUGCUCCAUCAUCGGCGCGGGGGACGACCAUGCCACCCCCGCGUCGUCGUCGGCGGCAUACACCACUCCCCAGGGCGGGAUGGCGACACCCAAUGUCCUGUCGCCGCUGCUGCUGCCGCCGCCGCAGAUGGUAGUGGUGGCGCUGGACGCGACGCGGGACCACCGGGAUGACGAGAUCAGAACGGCGAUCAAGGGGUUGGUCCAUCGCGGGGACAUACUGCGCGGCGGCGAUUCCCUACUCGUGCUUGGCGUGCUCCACGUCGUCACCCAUCCGAUGGGCUACCAAACCAAAGUAUGUACCGAUUCUUUUGCCGGGAUGAGUGAAAGAUACCUACGUGAUCAGGUUGACAAAAUAGCUGAAUUAUACCAAAAUAAGCUCCGCCAAGAUGCAGAGGAGCUCCGCAAAGUCGGGAUUGAUAUGACUCUCAAGGUAUCCCCUGGAUCACCUGCGAAGGUUGUCAUUAUUGAAGAAGUGAAUUCCAGCAAAGCUGCUUGGGUUGUCCUGGAUAGGCACUUCAGGAGAGAUUCCAGGCACCUAGAAAAGCACAUAGCUUGCAAGGUUGCAGUAUUUGAGGAUAACUUAUCAUCGGUGAUACACUUGAAGUCAAUAAGAACGAAUCCAUCGAGCAAAAGUACAGGAGAAGUGAAGGCCUUGCAACAUUUAGCAGUGACACGUGAUAUGAGUUCCAAGGCACUAGAUGCUGACACUCACAGAUUGUCGAUCAAGUCAUCCCCUGUAAGUUACUUUGCUUCUCUAAGCAACCACAAGAUCCAUGAGGGCUCCAGCGUGGCUGUCAGCAGCAUGCCAUACUUGAUGCAAUCAAUGAGCGGCAUAUCUCUCACAAUUGACGAUACUGAAUCCUUGGCUAAUGGAAAAUCCUUUGAAGCAAACAUGAGCUCCCCAUAUGAUCCAUCAGAAAGACCAAUUCUGUGCACUGGUUGCGGGCUAAAAUCAGUUCUUUACAUCAAGGAGUCCAUGAAAUUCCCCUUCUCAGAGAUUCAAGCGGCAACAUCUGACUUCUCAAAGGAGCAAUUGCUGGGUGAGGGUGGAUUUGGGCAUGUGUACAAGGGCCAGCUCAAGGAUGGCCAGGUCAUUGCAGCCAAGUUGCGCAAAGAAGCUAGCUCACAGGGAUAUACUGAGUUCUUCUCUGAAGUGCACGUUCUCAGUUUUGCCCGGCAUCAAAAUAUUGUCAUGCUGCUUGGGUACUGCUGCAAAGAAAGCUACAACAUCUUGGUUUAUGAGUAUAUAUGCAAUAAUUCCCUCGAGUGGCAUUUAUUUGAUAAAACAUCAAACUUACUAGAGUGGCACAAUAGGCAUGCUAUUGCCCUUGGUAUAGCAAAAGGGUUGCGUUUUCUACACGAGGAGUGCCGUGCCGGCCCAAUCAUUCACCGGGAUUUGCGCCCAAGCAAUGUACUGUUGACACAUGACUUUGUUCCUAUGCUUGGGGACUUUGGUCUUGCAAAAUGGAAGGCUGGCAAUGAUUCCAUCAUGACAAGGAUUCUGGGGCAAUCAGGAUACUUGGCGCCUGAGUAUGCUGAAUAUGGCAUAGUUUCUGUCAGAACAGAUGUUUAUGCUUUUGGGAUUGUUCUUUUCCAGUUGAUAUCGGGUCGCAAGGUACUUGAUGAAUUUGGAGGACACUGCACACAUAUAUUGCAAUGGGCAGAGCCGUUGGUUGAGAGUCUUGCACUUCACGAACUAAUUGAUGAUCGCAUUAAAGAUACAUACGAUACAUAUGGGUUGUAUCAUCUAGCCAGAGCUGCAUAUCUUUGUGUCAGGACAAACCCAGAGCAGCGGCCUUCUAUGGGAGAGGUUGUCCGUCUUAUAGAGUCAGAAAAUGAGCAUAUCAGGGAUUUGUCCCGACAAUUCAUCCCACAUUUUACAAAGUGAUGUAGUAGUCAAAGGAAAAUCCUGUCUUGAGAGCAAACUAUUGAAGUUCUUAUCCUGCGUUGCCGCCCGUACGAAUUAAACUCAGAGCACAUGUGAAAUUGUAGCACUUGUUACUCUCUUUUUCCUCCCUUUCCUUUCGCCCCCUUCUUUGGUUUGCUUCUUCUACCCAUAUAACGGUGUGUACUUGGGGAAUUACUACGUCUCCCCUUAUUGCAUUUUUGCUUCUCUUUGUAAAUGAAA